AUGGGUUUGUCACUGAGCCAUAAGCGCAUAAAACGCACAUGCUUCAACGACUGGUGUGAGAUUGAUGAGACAUACCGCGCUCGUUACGACUACAAGACACAACUUUAUCGGGAUCACCCAGAGGACACCGUUUGCUAUGCCGCCGGGAGUGACGAGCCCUGCUUCGAAGCCCUAUAUGCUCUUGCCGAGUAUCUGCCGCGUCGCUACCCGAAAAUGUUCCUGAAGACAGCUCAAGGGAUUCAAAACCUUGUCACAGGCGAUAACUGGGACUUACGGGAAGGGGCAGAUACCUGGAGUACCUACCACCCAUUACAAAUCAUGGGCCUGCUCAGCACAGAAGACUGGUUCGUGCUUCAGAAAAGCGGUACGGAUGUUGAUUCCACGACCACACCAACUUCGGCACAGCUGGGCAAUACCUACAGGCUGACCGCCGGCGCUAACUGUUUUCCCGCCGGCUGGAAGUUGCGUGAGCGCAUCGGCCACACAAUAUCAGAACUACAUCAUAACAAAGUGCCUUACUACGCCGAGCGACUAGCGCUGUCGAUGCACCGCUUCUUCAACAGGCUGCGGGUGGACCAGCCGCAUAUGCGUUUCAACUAUGCAAUUGACAUCUCCGGCGAGCUGUUUCAUAUCAACUCACACCACAACCUAGAUGUCUCGACACUCGAACACCCUGUCCGACUGGACGACCUGCACCUACGAGUCGAGCGGCAGGUUCUGCAACGGUUGCCCCAAACCAAGGCCAUUGCAUUUAGCAUUCGGACCUACAUCACGCCUAUCACCGAGGUGACCAAGGACAAGGACGUGGCUAGAGCUUUGAGGACGAACACAAGGAGCUACAAGCCCGAAGUUGCGGUGUAUAAGAACAAGUCCUUGUGGGAAAAGGUUCUGGAGGAGCAUUUGGACCAGGUGCUUGGGCCUAGUGAGGAGUAUUAG